GCCCGCCGCCUGCCCGGCCCGGCGCCCCCCGCAGCCCCGGGCGCCGUGCGUCCAGCCCGGCCUUCGGCCCCAGCCUUGUCCGUGAUCGCCCCAGCAGACCGGGCCGUCCGGCCGCCCGGCUUGCCCUCGCGCGCUUCGCCCUGAGCGGGCCUUAGGGCUGUCGGUCCCCACGGGCCGGGCCAUGCCGAGUCGCCGCACUCCUAGAGCGUCCGCGCCCGAGCUGGGGGCCUUGGGUUCCGGUGACCUUUCUCCGCUGUCCCUGACGGUCUCCAGGACCACAGAAAUCAUCGACGAAUACAUUAAGGAGAAAGGCUUUGGCCUGGACGGGGUGCAGCUGGGCGAGAUGCCUCGCCUGGUGCCCCGCGGGCAGGCCCCACUGAGCAGCGUCACCUUGGGCCCAGCUACACCAGUACCUUCCUGGAGCUGCACCCUGGGCCGGCUGGUGUCACCCGGCCCGGGCCCACAGCCGCACCUGGUCAUCACAGAGCAGCCAAAGCAGCGCGGGAUGCGCUUCCGCUAUGAAUGCGAGGGUCGCUCUGCCGGCAGCAUCCUUGGGGAGAGCAGCACGGAGGCCAGCAAGACGCUGCCCGCCAUCGAGCUUCGAGACUGUGGCGGGCUGCGGGAGGUGGAGGUGACGGCGUGCCUUGUAUGGAAGGACUGGCCACACCGGGUACACCCACACAGCCUCGUGGGCAAAGACUGCACCGAUGGUGUCUGCAGGGUGCGCCUGCGGCCUCACAUCAGCCCCAGGCACAGCUUUAACAACCUGGGCAUCCAGUGUGUUCGGAAGAAGGAAAUUGAAGCUGCCAUUGAGCGGAAGAUCCAGCUGGGAAUUGACCCCUACAAUGCUGGCUCCCUGAAGAACCAUCAGGAGGUAGACAUGAAUGUAGUCAGGAUCUGCUUCCAGGCCUCCUACCGUGACCAGCAGGGACAGUUGCGCCGCCUGGACCCUGUUCUCUCUGAACCUGUCUACGAUAAGAAGUCCACUAACACAUCAGAGCUGCGGAUUUGCCGGAUCAACAAGGAGAGCGGGCCGUGCACAGGUGGUGAGGAGCUGUACUUGCUGUGUGACAAGGUGCAAAAAGAGGACAUAUCCGUGGUGUUCAGCACGGCUUCCUGGGAAGGCAGAGCUGACUUCUCUCAAGCUGAUGUGCACCGGCAGAUUGCCAUUGUGUUCAAGACACCACCCUAUGAGGACCUGGAGAUCGCAGAGCCUGUGACUGUCAAUGUCUUCCUACAGAGGCUCACGGACGGGGUGUGCAGUGAGCCACUGCCCUUCACGUACCUGCCUCGGGAUCACGACAGCUAUGGUGUGGAUAAGAAGAGGAAGCGGGGACUCCCUGACGUCCUUGGGGAGCUGAGUAGCUCUGACCCACACGGAAUUGAAAGCAAACGACGGAAAAAGAAGCCAGUGUUCUUGGACCACUUCCUGCCGGGCCACAGCUCAGGCCUGUUCCUCCCGCCGUCAGCUCUGCAGCCGACAGACACUGAUUUCUUCCCCAGUGCCAUAUCCCUUCCUGGCUUGGAGCCUCCUGGCGGCCCUGACCUCCUGGACGAUGGCUUUGCCUAUGACCCUUCUGCCCCUACACUCUUCACCAUGUUGGACCUGCUUCCCCCAGCACCACCUCUUGCCAGCGCUGUGGUGGGUGGUGGGGGUGCAGGGGCUACAGUUGUGGAGUCUCCCGGCCCAGAUCCCCUGACGCUGGACUCGUAUGCAGCCCCAGGUCCUGGGGAUGUUGGCACCGCCAGCCUUGUGGGCAGCAACAUGUUCCCCAACCAAUACCGAGAGGCAGCUUUUGGGGGUGGCCUCCUGUCCCCAGGGCCUGAAGCCACGUAGCCUCUGAGGUGCCAGAGGAGGUACUGGGUGAGGAGUGUGGUGCAGCACCCCAUUCCCUGAGGCCAACCUUCAUCAGUCUUCCAGCUUCCUCAUCCUGAAUCAGACAUCUGCAUUGCUUGCAAGAAGCUGGGGUGAGCUCCAGCUCUCCUUGAGCCCAUUUUACAGAUGAAAACACUGAGUCUGAAGAGGAAAAAGGGAUCCUGUAGGUGGGCCCCUUCUCAGGACAGAUUCUGAGAGAUUGUACAUAGGGGAGGAGGGAGCAGAUCCCCAACCCUCUUCCCUGAUCCUGAAGGUGGGGGUAAAUUGUUUGUGCAGUUUUCCCAAUAAAAAUUAGGUUUUUUUUUUGAGCCUUAGGGGUCGCUUCUCUUCUUUGCCUGGGGAACACUAGGUCAGUUUGGAAUGGAGCAGUUGUGGCUGAGGGGCUGGUGAGAUGAUUCAGUAGUUAAGAGCUAUUGCUGUUCUUGCA